AUGGCCACCACGUUUAAGCGUCGCACUACCAAUAAGGCCACUGCUGCAUCAGCAGCCAAAAGGACCAGCCUCGUGGGUCUCCCUGGCACAAAGCCAUGCUUUGGAGGUGCCACUCAAACGUCGUCUGGUUUGCGUGAUUUGGAUGCGAUUCUGGGAGGUGGUCACCCUCUCGGAUCCGCCAUUCUGGUAGAAGAAGAUCGUUGGACCAACAGUCUUGCGUCUACCAUUGUUCGAUAUUGGUGUGCCGAGGCCGUGGCCCAGAAUCACCACCUGCUAGUGCCUGCUCUCGAAGAAGAGUCCACAAACCCAUUUCUGUCGACUGAUGAUGAUUCUGCUACUGGAAAUCGAUCCGAUAUUGACAAUCUACGUGAUUCGUUGCCGCGCAACUUGCAUUGGGAUAAACAGCAUGCCGCACAAGGGGACGAGCACGAUGUCAAGGCAUGGGAGGCACCUCUCACGGAGGCAACACCCAAUCAAGAAGAGCUGGAUGAAUUUGACGAAGAAGAAGGAGGAGACAUGAUUACAGAGUUGGGAUCCUCCAAAAAUAUUAAUACGCAACAAACACAGCAAAACCAGUCCAGUAAUAUUUACUGCCACUCGUACGAUCUUUCCGGUCGUCUCAGCCAACAGUUGGAACGAAUGGGGAAACCAAAUUUGGAGCAGUUGUUCCACACAUUUCCAAUACAACAAUCUAUGGAUCAGCCUUUUCCUAGUAGACGGAUAUAUCAAGCUAUCCUCACACGGCUGCAGGAGUGCCGCAGCAAUAAUCGGGCAGUGAUCCGGUUGCUACUCCAUCAUUUGGAUCCAGAGAUUCUGUGCAAAGUGUUGCCGUUACUUCUGGCACAAAUCCGACUGCAGCAUGUUCCCGUGGUAGUUCUGGUGUGUCUGCAGCCCUGGAAGUCCACUUGCACAAAAGCCAAGACGAUCCUUCGCCGACACGCCGAUGUGGUGCUUCAAACAGAAGGAUUUUCCGGUCGCAGUCACUUUCCUCCUCCUUCGGAAUUGCGACACUUGCAAGGUUUGCUGUUGCCACGAAAAGUUUCCACCGCCACUGCGGCAACCGCCAUUGGUGGCGGUCAUUAUGCCGAUAUCACGGUGGGAAAGCGACCCAAUUCCAACAUUUUUGGAAUCAAGCGAGAUCGAAGGAAACUGCACACAGUACUACUUCAUAUUCCGCCACAAGAACAGAUCAUGGACGAAGGGAGACCUCUCUAA